AUGCCGAUCAAGCUGCCCAAAGGUUUCGCCCGACGAAAGUCGUCCGGUAAUGCUCUCGAGGAGUUGGAAAACCCACCUCAAUCAUCAUUUCGGGUCUUUGAACGCCCCUCCGCCGAAAGAAGCUCCUUUAGCGAUGGAAACCUAAUGACUCAAAAAGCAGGGGAUGGGCGGCCUUCAUAUUCUCCAGAGGACGACGACAAUAUCUUUGCGAGGUCUGAUGGUCCUGCCGUGAGAAAUCUUACUGGCGGAAAUACCUUGGAAGGUCCUUCAACUCGGUUCAGUUCCUCAGGACGCCGUUCGACAGACCUACAGACCCAAUUCGAUUCGCAUUCCCCGCACUCUCGAAAUCUGCACGAUAUUCCUGCUCCGCCUUUCUCGAGUGCACUACGUGCUGCUGGCAGGACAUUCUCUUUUGGUGGGAGAUUCGCGAAAACGCCUGCCCAGGCGCCUCGUCCCUCGUCUCCGGAUACAACCAGGAGCAGAGCAACCACUAACAGCACGACAAGCACGGCUACACCACCCAAACUUCUGGAGAGCGAAUUCCAAAUUGGUCGAAUGGACGACUUCGGAAACAUGUUUGAUGAUAUUGGCAAACAGGAAAGACAGGACACGACCGUACAGAAACCUAUCCCGCCGCCACACAAAACCGCCACCUAUCCGAGAGAGGAGGAGAAAGCACGGCGUCCUGCGCCUAUAAGCACGGAUCGAUCGAAAGACAUUGAGCCCUCUCCAUACUCGUGGGGCAGCAGACACUCCGAGGAAGGUCUUUUAACUGGUGUAGAUUCGCCGCAGGAAGAUACUCCUGCUCUGCGGGAUGUUUCAAGUUCGACACCAAUGCCCACUCCUCUAAGCUCUCGGCGAAGAUCGAUACCAAUGUCCAGCGCGGUUCCGGCCAAUACGACCACACAUCGCUCUCUUGAGAAACCGAAUAUGGCGACUGACAAGGGCCUACGCCGGAGCAUCCUGUACAGCACGAAACGCGACACCGUCGCCAUAGACGACGAAGAUGCAAAGAUGGUCAUGGCCUCUUUGAAUUACAACAAGAGGAUUUCACAAGCUGUCUCGUCCAACUCCGAAGCAGACGAUGACGUUCCUUUGUUCGCCCAUAAACCCGCCGUUCCUCAACAACAGCCUGUGCCAGCACAAAACGAUGACAGUCUGGAAAAUUCCAUCGCAGCUAAUGCACGACUAGCUGCAGAGUACGAAAGCAAGCCCAUUCCUGCGUCUUCUUCGAACAAGGUCAUGACACCAUCCCAAUUCGAACACUACCGGCAGCAGCAAGAGUUGAAACGAGCAAACAGUGAUGCGUCGGACAGUGAAGAAUCCGCAGUAAGCGACUUUGAUGAAGAGGAUGAGGCGGAGAAGAAUCGCGAGACGGAGAGGCAACGGCGGAAGCAAGAGGCUCACAUGUCGGUCUAUCGGCAACAGAUGAUGAAGGUGACGGGACAACAAGCUCCUUCGCCGUCUCUUCGUCCAGAAACGGAUAGGGCCAGUAGCAGCACCCCGAAUUUGGCUACUCUAUCGCUGCACCCCGGUAGUAAACCCGCCGCCGGAAGUGGCAAAAGCAGCGAGGGCGACGAUGACGAGGAGAUUCCACUUGGGAUUCUGGCAGCCCACGGAUUUCCUAACAAACACCGUCCUCCGAGCCGCUUGAUGUCUUCCAACUCUAUGCAGAAUCUACGUGCGUCAUACCAGCAGCCGCCACACCUGGGAUCCGCGGGAUCGGAUUUUGGCGGUAAUCGGAGCAGUUUGCCCGUCUUUGCCAGGAAUCUCCCACGAGAUCCCUAUUUUGGAGCAAGCUUAGUCACGCCAUCGAACAGAGAGUCCCUCGCGCUUGGAGGAGGAGGAGGAGGAGGAGGCGGCUCUGUAUAUGGUAGCCCGUCGCCUGCUGUGGUAGGACCAUCUCCUGCUCUUCCACCCGGAGGGUUGGUAAGUGUUAUUGCCACCGAAGAACGGGCCAGAGCUAUGCGGCGAGGAAGCCCAAACACGCAGGCCAUGUAUGACCAUCAACCUACUCUUCAAGGCCCAGCUGGCAACGUGGGUGGUAUUCCAAGGCCCUACACCAUGCUCAACAUGAACCAGCUAAGUGGACCACCACCAAUGUCUGCCACGGAGCAAGCUCAAAUACAGUUGUCUCAGCAAAUGGGCCAUAUGAUGGAGAUGCAGAUGCAGUGGAUGCAGCAAAUGAUUCAACUACAGGGCGGCGGACAGGCUCCUCCACCGCAGCUCCCGCCUCUUGGGAACCCCCAGCUUUCCUUCGCAGUAAAUCCUUCGAGACCGUCAUCGAUGCCGGUUCCCAAUGGAGCAUUUCCCAAUGCUCCUCCAGGAUACGGGGGAAGCCAGAGAACUAUGAGCAUGCUCGACCCCAACGUUUCGUCUCGAUUGAACAGUCCGGCCAUGCCACCCUUUGCCUCCGGUGCGAACAGACCAGGUACGCCAGGAGGGGGAGGCUACGCUCACUCUCUUGCUCCUUCGGAACGGAGCAAUGUCGGAUUGGCGCCUCGCUAUAGACCUGUGUCUACCGUGCCAGUCGAAGCCGAAUCCACAAACUUCCUCCCUCUAAACAAACCCUGGAACGAUGAAAACCGGAGAAUGUCCACUUUACCUCCUCCAAGCAACACGAACCCGCCAAACUCAACCAUUCGGCCGGUGUCAAGCUACAGUAGAACCCUCACAGCUCCCUCAAAAUUAGGAAGCCAUGUCCAAGUCGAAGAAGAAGACGACGACGAAGGAUGGGCCGAAAUGAUGAAGAAACGCGAGAAGAAACGAAGCAACUGGAAAGUCAAGAAGGAGACGUCAAGCUUUGGAGACUUGUUGAACGCGGUACAUUAA